UGUAAAAGUUGAAUAACUUGACUAACGUUAUUUGAAAUCAUCGGAGUUAUAAGACCAAGCAGGAAACUUGAAGAAUUAAACUGAAAAUAAAAUAAAUAAAUAAGUUAAAAUAAUAAAAAAGCUGCCUACCAGACUCGAACCUGGUACCUUAAUUAAACUGAAAAUAAAAUAAAUAAAAAGGUUAAAAUAAUAACAAAGCUGCCUACCAGACUCGAAUCUGGUACCUUUCGGCUGCUAUUCUACUACAAAUCCACUAGACUACAAGAAGAUUAUGUUAAUAAUGUGUCACUCGUAUUUUAAAUAUAUUUAACGUUGAUUUUACACGUAAUUCUCGAAAGUUCCUAGGACUUUAUACGUAAGUUUCAAAAUUCUGGGGGGGGGGGGGGGGGGGGGGGGGGGGGACCGGGGCCCCCCGAGAGCCUACAUAGCUCCGCCCCUGGCCGGAUCCACUCAUCCACGAGCCUGUUUGUCAACCAGGCGGUGGCAAAGGGUGGGGGUAUUGGUACUCGGGAUUAGAAGAAAUUAGGGUUUUUUAUUUAUUGUAAAUAAAAGUGAUAAUGAGGUGGAAAUGAUAUGGCAAUUUUGAAAAUUUUUAUUUCAUUAAUUUUUUUAUUUUUAAAUUGCCAGGUCACACAUUUAACGGUCAACUUUUAGAGUUGACCGCCACAUAAGCAAAAGUUAACGGAGUUGGACGGAGAGUGACCAAACGUGACCGGUUUCAGUAAACUGAAGUACCAUCAAUGGAUUUAAAUAUUUCGAGUGACCAAACUUGAACCUUUUUUAUAAUUUCAGUGACCAACCAUACAAUUAACCCAUAAAAUAUAUUAAGCACUUUCUAAAAACUACCUAUUAGAAUAUAGGACUUGAAUGUAAUUCGCCAAUCGUUAAAGGAUUAACAUGUAAAUAGAAAUAAGUUAGUUACGAGUUAGUUAGUAGGAUUAGUCUAGAUAAGCUGUAAAUCUUUGAUCUUUUGUUAACUUUUUCCAUUCAAUCAAUCGUGAAUUCAUUCUCAAUCCAAAACUCUACCAUGGUAUCAGAUCUAUUCUGAGCCGUCUCGCUCGUGUUCUCGCUUCCUCCGACUCUCAUUUCUUUCUAUUCACCACAAAGCUUUCUUCGCGUCCUCCUAUGGCGUCGAAUUUCUCUAUUCCUUCUGGCCUUGAAGCAGAAAAUCCUCACAAUGGAGGUCACCAGCACGGUUCUGGUGGGAUUUCUUAUCUCGGCAUCGCGAUUUCUGAUCCGGCUUCUCCCUUUUUCAUCCAUCCUUCGGAAAAUUGGGGGCAAUGCCUGGUAUCGCAGCCGCUGACUGAAAACAAUUUCUCCAACUGGGAGAGAUCGAUGAUUCUGGUCAUCGAUGGCAUGAACAAGCUCGGGUUCUUGAACGCGACAAUUAUUGCUUGGAACGAACUAAGGGAGAAAUUCUCUCAGGGAGACUCGUUCAGAAUUGUCGAUCUGCAAGAAUCGAUCUUCCAACUCAAACAAGGUACUCUUAGUGUCUCGCAGUACUACUCUAAGCAACGGGCACUUUGGGAUCCGUUGGCUAAUUUUAGGUUGAUUCUUGAUUGUGAAUGUGGAGCUACUUGUCGUUGCAUUCUUGCUUCUCUUAGGAAAGAUCACAUGAAUGACAAAGUGAUUAGAUUUCUAAGGAACCUGAAUGAUAACUUCAAUGCCCCUAGGUCCACAGUUAUGCUUCUUGAUCCAUUGCCACCUAUCAACAAGGUUUUUGAAAUAAUGGUUCAACAUGAACGAGAGAAUAAUCUGUUGCCUAAACCUAAUUUCCAGCCAAACCCCAAUCCUACUGUAGACAGUAUGGCUUUCUUUACCAGAGCUGCUGGUACUAAUCUGGGUAUUCAGGGUGCCAAUCAGGGGUUUAAGAAGCAGGGCAAGAAGCCAGUUUGUACUUACUGUGGCUAUACUGAUCACACAGAGGACAUCUGUUAUAAGAAGAAUGGGUAUCCCCCAGGUUAUCAACCAAAGAAGAAGAAUCCACCUCAUCAAGCCAACAAUGUCACUGUUGAGCAUGGCGAAUCCUCCAACGGUGGAGCUGUCAUGGUCAAUCCAGCUAAUUGGAUGAACUUUCAGCAACAGUAUUAGAAGAUGAUGCAGUAUAUGCAAACUCACACCGCUCCUUCCUAUUAGGGGUGGGCAUUCGGUCGUUUCGGUUUCGACAGAAUCGAAAUUAUGAAUGUCGGGUCCAUGAAUUCUCCCAAACCUCAAACCGAAUUCGAACCGAAUUAUAAUUCGGUUCGGUCGGUUUAAACCGGAUUAUAAUUUGGUUCGGUUCGGUUUUUAACACAAAACCAAAUUUGUGAGCCUACUUGUAUUCUCACUUUUAAAUUAUUUUUCACUCCUCAUAUAAACAAUAAAUAUGCAAUUAUAUGCAUAAUCAAUGAUAAAAUCAAGCUUUUCAACACAUAAGUCAUAAAACAUUUCAAAUAUUUAAGUAUAAAAACAACUACAAAUAUAAAAAUCCACAAUUUGGAGGUUGCAAUUGUAGUAUUUCGGUUUUUCGGUCGGAAUUUCGGUUGAAAGAACCCUGGUUUCGAAAUAUCUAUAUUUUCCUUCCGAAUUCCGAACCGAAUAGCAUUAUUUUGCUUUCGGUUCAGUUUAAUUCGUUUUUGGUUCGGCUCGGUUCGGGUUUACCGAACCGUUUGCCCACCCCUACUUCCCAUCAAGGAGUGCAACCAGCUUCUCAGCAGCCAACACCUCCUUCUCCUAGCUUUGCAGAUGUUUUCAUGCCAAACCAGUCUUCUCACCCAUCUCACUCUGCUGAGAAUGAUGGCUCUGGUCCUCAUCAGAUCAUCAGCAAAUCCAAUUUUGUGGCUUCCCAUAUUUCUCAGGGUCCCAACACACAGGGUAAAUUCAGUUUAGCCUUUUCAAUCAAUUUUACUCUUAAUCGCAAAUGGAUUAUUGACACAGGAGCAACUGACCAUAUAAUUUGUUCCUUAAAUUUCUUUAAUAAUUACAAACAAGUUACCAACACAUUUGUUCAUCUACCUAAUGGUGACAAAGUAGCAAUAACUGCCAUUGGAACAGUUCAUUUUUCAUAAGAUCUUAUUCUUAAAAAUGCUCUGUUUGUGCCCAGUUUUACCUUUAACUUGGUCUCUGUUAGCCAUUUAAUCAAAAAUCAAACCAUUAGCUUAUGGUUUCAUUCUUCUUUCUGUCUGAUUCAGGAGCUUCCUUCCCUGAAAACGGUUGGUACAACUAAUCUAAUUGAGGGAUUAUACAUUCUCCUUAACAUGCAACCCACCUACAGCAGUUCCAAUCCCCUUCCUUGUCUGUUCAGCCUACAUCUCAUUAUGUUGAUGUUUUCUCCACAACGCAACAAAAGUUCAAUAUCUGGCACUAUCGACUUGGCCAUCUACCUCAAAGCAAACUGUUAUCCUUAGAUCUUAGUAGUCCAAAUGUAUUCAGUUCUGAUAAUUCUCAUUGUACUGUUUCUGUUUGCCCUCUAGCAAAACAAAAGAGAUUACCAUUUCCUUCUAGUCAUAGCCAGACUGUGGCUCCAUUUCAUUUGUUGCACAUUGACAUUUGGGGAAAUGCUCCAUCUCAGUCUUUGAAUGGUCACUCCUAUUUUCGCACAAUUGUUGAUGACUAUUCUAGACAUACUUGGUUGUUCUUAAUGAAGCAUAAAUCUUCAU